GCAGUUUUCCCAACUAAGCCAUAUUGAACAGUGCACACCAGUUGUAAAUAAAGCACAUUUCAAAUCAUGCAAGUAAGGCGCUGAGGCAAAAAUCCAUAAAUUGAUUUUUACUGGCACAGCAGCGCAGCAAAACUCAAGUUAUUUGCAUCCUUCCAAAAUAGUAAACAUAGCCGCGCUUAGGUUUGCACCCCACUGAAAGGUCCAAGCAGUGCAACGCCGUGAAGUUAAGGCAGCAGAACGGCCGUACACAGAACGAGGAACUUUUAACCAUACAUACAUACCAUAUGCACACAAGAAAAAACAUCAAGUGUUUAUCAUUGCUUAGCUCAAAUCAAUUCAGCUAGGGCUGUGAUGAAGUCUUCAGUGAAAUAGUAAGUGGUCGGCAAACAGUCUGAGUUUGAAACUGGUGCAGCUGCAACCUCACUAAUUACUGCGAGUAACUGACUAUUAGGGAAAAGAGCAAUAAAAACAUAUCUAUUUGAAAUUGCAAUACCACCGAGUAUACAUACCCGUCCGCACUUUGGCAAGAACACAUACAAACACUAUUAUGUAUAUAGAAACAGUAUAAAAAGAGGAAUUCUUGAUUAAAAUAGUGUUUGUUGGAUAUAACCACAACAGUAUCAACAGCAUAGCUAAGAAGAGGGUCUAAACAAGGGCGAAAUGACUACUAUCGAAACAGAUUUGCGGCCGACUAGGUUUACCGGAAGUGAAUAUUCAGUUGGACCGGGCACGGAUACAAUAAAAGUUGAAGAGAUCAAAGUUUACAAACGUCGUUGGGUCGUGUUGUUCCUAUUUGUGUUUUAUUCGGGCUCAAAUGCGGCACAAUGGAUCCAAUACAGUAUUAUCAACAAUAUUAUUGUGAAAUAUUAUGGCAUCAAUGACAAAUGGGUGGAUUGGACAUCAAUGGUAUACAUGAUUGUCUACAUACCGCUAAUUUUUCCGGGCAGUUGGUUCCUGGAUAAAAUGGGCUUACGCAUUACAGCGCUGGUGGGCAUCGUAGGCACAUGUAUGGGCUCAUGGAUUAAAGUCUUCUCUGUGCAACCGGAUCUCUUUUAUGUAACAUUUAUUGGUCAAACGAUUGUCGCUUUGUCCCAGGUCUGCGUUUUGUCGUUGCCGGCGCAAAUCGCCGCCGUUUGGUUUGGGCCGCAUCAGGUAUCAUCGGCCUGUAGUGUCGGAGUAUUUGGCAACCAGCUUGGCAUAGCCGUUGGUUUCGUGUUGCCUCCAAUUUUAGUACAAAACUCUGAUGAUCUAGAUGUGAUUGGCAGUGAUUUACUAUUUAUGUUUUACUGCUUCGCAGGCUUUACGACCAUUUUAAUGGUGUUGAUGAUACUUUUAUUUAAGGAUAAACCACCAACGCCGCCAAACCCAAAGCGUUCGUCCACAGCUCCAUCUGGAGGAGCUUCUGAAGUACCGUUCAUGCAAUCAUUGAAGAGGUUGCUGAUCAAUCGUAACUAUAUUCUACUUUUGAUAUCGUAUGGCAUGAAUGUUGGUGUUUUUUAUGCGAUAUCAACUCUACUGAAUCCGGUUGUACUGAAAUAUUAUCCUGGCCAUGAGGUUGACACUGGCCGCAUUGGCUUGUCUAUUGUGCUGGCGGGCAUGAUAGGAUCUGUUGCUAGCGGUGUUGUACUGGACCAGAUGCGAAAAUUUAAGGAAACCACAUUGGCUGUCUAUGCCUUUUCAAUGGUUGGCAUGUGGAUAUUUACAUUUACGUUGGAUACGGGGCAUAUUGCUGUGGUUUACGUGACGGCUGCGCUUUUGGGUUUCUUUAUGACUGGUUAUUUGCCAGUGGGCUUUGAAUUUGCCGCUGAACUGACAUAUCCGGAACCAGAGGGCACCUCUUCGGGACUUCUCAACGCAGCCGCCCAAGUUUUUGGUAUUGGAUUCACAUCCAUGUACUCAGAAGUAUUUUACACUUAUGGCGACAUUCCAGCUGAUGUGAUCAUGUCCAUUAUGUUGGUACUGGGCACAUUGAUUACAGGGUUCAUUAAACCAGAUCUGCGAAGGCAAAAAGCAAAUAAAGAGAAUGCACGGCCUGCGCUCACCGUUUCUGGCGGAUCAGAGCAGUCCACAAACGUGGCAGUCAUCACAUCUGGCAAAUUGGAUGGAGUUAACCUAUAGGAACGUAUUGAUUUCGUUUAAGCAUUGCAAACUUUAGCCGUUUUUUCUAUAAAGUUUUAAAGCUAGGUGUAAAGCUAGCUCGCAUUUUAAAGGAAUAACAAUGUUUUAUAGGUGUGAGAAGAUUGCAGCGCUUAAGCGAAAUCAAAGCUAUGCACUGCAUAGCUCAGGUGAUAAAAAAUAGUUAUUAUGUUUAUUUUAAUGUAUAUAUACAUAAAAUAUUAGGUUGAAUUCUCUAAUCGACGGUGUGUUGGGCGACAGCUAAACUGCUUAUUGGCAAUGCCUCGUCCUUGUUAUCACAUGGAAGUUACUAUUUCUAAUAGUGUUAUGUACAGUUUUGUGUAAAUAAGUAAGCACAUGUUAAAAAGUGUAUAAUAUAUAUUUAUAAAUUUUAAGUGCAAGUUGUUAAUUUAGUUUUAAAGAAAACAUACAAGUUUUAAAAACAUAUAUUAGUAGCAACAGAAAUACAAAAUAAGCUAAAGCAAUGUUUUUUGAAAACAUUAAUAAAAAUAUAUAUGUAUACACAAAAUGUAGAAUAAGAAGUAUGAGACUAUUGUUGUUGACGUAGAGAUUUAAUUAAUAACUAUACAUAUAUUCAUAGGUGCAUAUACAUACAUAGAAAUUAUUGUUAUUUGCAAUUAUAAACAAUAAUAAACACCACCAAGUGUCAAUAUUUAGAUAAACAAAAAAUAAAAGUUUG